GAUGUCCAUGAGGAGCCCUGGCUCUGCCCUGCUGGCCCCAGAUGGCGUUGGCACCAUGGUGAACUGCACUGUCAAGUCAGAAGGGAAGAAGGAGCCCUGCCAUGAGGCCCUCCAGGGCUCAGCCGCUGGAGCUGAACCCCAGCUCGGAGACCCAGCCCGGGCUCCCCAGGAUGGCGCUGACCCCCAAGCUCCAGCCCAGGACUGCAGCUCCCCAGAGAGCAAUGGGUCCCCGGAACCCAAGAGACCGGGGGGUUCUGAGGCUGCUUCUGGAAGCCAGGAGAAGCUAGACUUCAACCAAAAUUUAAAAGAAGUUGUGCCUGCCAUCGAGAAGCUGCUGUCCAGUGACUGGAAGGAGAGGUUUCUGGGAAGGAGUUCUGUGGAAGCCAAAGAUGUCAAAGGGACCCAGGAGAGCCUGGCAGAGAAGGAGCUCCAGCUGCUGGUCAUGAUCCACCAACUGUCCACGCUGCGGGAUCAGCUCCUGACCGCGCACUCAGAGCAGAAGAACAUGGCCGCAAUGCUGUUUGAGAAGCAGCAACAGCAGAUGGAGCUGGCCCGCCAGCAGCAGGAGCAGAUCGCCAAACAGCAACAGCAGCUGAUUCAGCAGCAACAUAAGAUCAACCUCCUCCAGCAGCAGAUCCAGCAGGUCAACAUGCCUUAUGUCAUGAUCCCAGCCUUCCCUCCGAGCCACCAGCCUCUGCCUGUCACCCCUGAUUCCCAGCUGGCCUUGCCUAUCCAGCCCAUCCCCUGUAAACCAGUGGAGUACCCCCUGCCGCUGCUGCACAGCCCCCCUGCCCCUGUGGUGAAGAGGCCCGGGGCCAUGGCUGCACACCCCCCUCUGCAGGAGCCCUCCCAGCCUCUGAACCUCACGGCCAAGCCCAAGGCCCCGGAGCUGCCCAAUGCCUCCAGCUCCCCCAGCCUGAAGAUGAAUAACUGUGGAACCCGCCCCCCCAGCCACGGGGCCCCCACGCGGGACCUGCAGGCCAGCCCGCCCAGCCUGCCCCUAGGCUUCCUUGGCGAAGGGGAUGCUGUCACCAAAGCAAUUCAGGAUGCUCGGCAGCUGCUGCAUGGCCACGGCGGCGCUUUAGAGAGCUCCCCCAACGCCCCCUUCCGCAAGGACCUCAUCAGCCUGGACACGUCCCCGGCCAAGGAGCGGCUGGAGGAGGGUUGUGUGCAUCCCCUCGAAGAAGCCAUGUUGGGCUGCGACAUGGAUGGCUCCCGCCACUUCCCGGAGUCCCGCAACAGCAGCCACAUCAAGAGGCCCAUGAAUGCCUUCAUGGUGUGGGCCAAGGACGAGCGAAGGAAGAUCCUCCAGGCUUUCCCAGACAUGCACAACUCUAGCAUCAGCAAGAUCCUUGGCUCCCGCUGGAAGUCCAUGACCAACCAGGAGAAGCAGCCCUACUACGAGGAGCAGGCGAGGCUGAGCCGGCAGCAUCUGGAGAAGUAUCCCGACUAUAAGUACAAGCCGAGGCCCAAGCGCACCUGCAUUGUGGAAGGCAAGCGGCUGCGGGUGGGCGAGUACAAAGCCCUGAUGAGGACCCGGCGCCAGGAUGCCCGCCAGAGCUAUGUGACCCCCCCACAGGCUGGCCAGCUGCAAAUGAGCUCCUCUGACGUCCUGUACCCUCGGGUGGCAGGCAUGCCCCUGGCUCAGCCCCUGGUGGAGCACUACGUGCCCCGGAGCCUGGACCCCAACAUGCCUGUCAUCGUCAACACUUGUAGCCUCAGGGAGGAGGGGGAGGCCACAGAAGAUAGGCACUCGGUGGCGGAGGGCGAGCUGUACCGCUACAGCGAGGACGAGGACUCAGAGGGCGAGGAGAAGAGCGACGGGGAGCUGGUGGUGCUCACGGACUGAGCCUAGCUGGGUGGGCCCAGCCUCCUUCCCGGGAAGACCCGGCCCUGAGCCGAUGGGCGCAGCCAGCCGGCCUGGACUAUGUUGGUACUUGGACUUGGGCAUGCCCGGGAGAGGGGCACAGCUGUGUACUUGUAGAUACCCUCCUGAGGGGGGAUGCCCCCCAGCCCCGUGGCCACCCCCAGGGAGCUGCGGGCCUAGCUGGGCAGGACUUGUAGAGUGGUCCGGGCUGAGCGCCUUGGCCCUUGGGGCUCCUGGCCAGCAGACACUGUGUGACCUCCCCCUCCUGCAAGUCUGCUCACCCCGGGGAUGUGGCAGCUCCAGACCUGUCCCCCUGGGGCCACAUGCUUUGUUCUCAUUCUUGUCCUGGCUGGACCAACCUCUGUAGGACCAACGCCCACCCCCUCCCAGAUCGCUCCUCUAUCACAGGAUCACCUUGUACUCUGUGCAGAACGGUCUGGCCGUCCCUCGCUGUCUUCAUCUUCUGCCAAGCCUGCUGUGCCUCUGGCUGCUGUGUGUAGGUGUGUGCACGCGGAUAGGUAUGUGUACGCACAUGCACACGUCUGUUUCCAUCUGUUCAUUCGUUGCACAAGAUAUUUAUUGAGCGCCUGCUGUGUGCCAGGCACUGUUGCUACGUUCCCAUGGGUGUGUCUCUUGAGGCCACUCUUGCUUCUCUGGGGGCCUCGUUCAGUGCUUCAUCGUCCCAAAUUGCUACCUCUGUCAGUCUGGGUGUCUCAGGUUCUGUGUGUCCUCGUGUGUUUCUGUCCUUGUUUCUCUGUGGGGUGUUCUUCUAUCGCCCUUUUUCGGUGUCUUCCUCUGCCCUUUGGACACCGCUGGACCAUCUGAGUUUCUAGAAGGCCCCUGCGCCCACCAGCUGCCCUGACGUCCCCUGCCCAUUCCUUUACUCCCUCCCUGAUGCUCUCUCCCCUGUCGGCCUGUUCCCAUAGAGCCACUUUUAGCUCUGAGCAAUAUGGAAUGUGCUCAGCUUCCUAGGGGCUCUGUCUUGGGCCCCAGGCCCUGGGCCCAACCUGUGUGCCAGGAGCUGGGGACCGGAGGAUUGAUGGUGCCUGCCUUCCUGGCAAUGACAGAAGCCCUGGAGGGCCAGGGCUUCCCCCCACCUCCACCCCCCACGCACCCCGGGGAAUCUGUCUCAGCCCCUGCUCCCGUGGACAAGUUAUUUCCCUAAGAAAUCCCACUGGCACCUGACUCCAAAGAUCCAGAACAGCCCUUGCAAACCCCACAGGGGCAGAUGUGGCAUCUGUGCCUACCCCCCACCCCCCAAAAUCUUCUCUCCUUCCUCUGUACCCUCCCUCCCCCAUUCCCUCAACCCCAACUUCUCUCCAGGCUGUUUUUUUUUAUGACUGUAAACAUAGAUAGUGCUUUAUUUUGUUAAUAAUAAGAUAAUGAUGAGUAACUUAACCAGCACCUUUCUCCUGUUUACACUUAGGGAAUUUUUUUGUUUUCUGUUGGCAUAAUAAAGACCGACCAUUUCA